AUGACAGCCCACCAUAAGUUUCUCGUCAUCCUCUUCUCUCUAUAUCUCGUUUCGUGGUCGUGUAAAGCCAGUCCCGUCAAAUCUGGGAGCCCCGGCAGCAUAGACACAAGCGGGAAUACGACCCCCAGCGCCGAUGAUACAGUUGUUCAAAGCCCAGAAAAUACAGAAAGUCCAACUGAAAUGCAGAGUCCUGGAGGAUCCGACUCGGGUUCGACCACGGAAGUCGCCACGGAUAAUGACGCUCCUGCUACAGGACAAACACAACAGUACGAAUACAUCGGCCCGUUGUUCGUGAGGCUCAAGGUUACCAUGGGCAGCGCCCUGUUCAACAAGCUUGUGGAGCAGGCAACGGAUGCAACGAUGGUAGCAUUGAUGAAGGCAGCGGUAACGGACAGGAAGUUUGACACAUUUCGGGGAUGCACGAUGUUUGAAUAUCUUUACGGCGAAAAUAAAGGCAGAGUAAUCGCCGCUAAGCCUACGCAGCCUGGCCAGAGGAGCAUGACAGCUUAUCGGAAGUUCAAGAACGAAGAGAAGAAAAUAAAGUUGAAGGCACGGUCCGAAAUCAAGAUAUGCGCAAGUAAGGCGCUCAAUAAGCAAGCUGACGCUUCCUAA